GAGUGAGAGAGAAUGAGAUGUUUUAAAUUAAAGAGAGAUUAGAGGCUAGAGAUUCCUUGACAUUGUAUGUGUUAACUAUUAACAAGUUUGCAAAAAUAUUAUGAUGUAUUGAUGACUCAUAUUUUUUCCACUAUCUAUGAUUUAAGUAACUAUUUAGGGAAGAAGGGGUCAUUAGACUUCCCCAAAUUAGGCGAUAUCAAAUUAUUAAAAAAAACGUAGUUCAUUUUAAACAUGUUCGAUAAUUUCCAAAGAAGAAAAGGUGCCGAUUCUGUCAUUACCUCGCAGUGAACUUAGCCAUACGGCCCAUACGGUUAUGGCGACAGCUAGUAGGUAUCUAGCAUAUAGACUAGAUAAAAUAUAUGUAUAUAUAUACAUGAUAACUGAACUGAAGUGUGCCAAGAAAUGCAUGCGCGCAAUCAAAUUGCUGGAAUCGGAUCUCUACAGCACACUUUAGCAGCUCUAUGGGCCUACUCGGACUCUCCUCCUUGUCCGUCCCCUUGCUUGCUUUAACCUCUUUCUCACCUUCCAAUCGAGUAUUCAUAGUACCGCUCACACCUGCGUUUCGCCACGAGUCGAGGAAAGGCUCGCUUUCGAUGUUUACGGGGAGAAAUCUCUGCCCGAGACCGGUCGCGCCAGUCUCGCGGCCCGCGCCGUCCUCGCACCACGCACACCGCCGCGGCCAACGUUCCCCGAACUUCCCCCCCUAUUCCCGGUAGUGCAGUGUUUUGUUUGUGAGUGAACCAGGAUUUUUAAAGUGUGUUUUUGCUCGGAUGUGGCGGUGAUGGCUAUGUGCGCGCGCGCAGCGCUGUUGUGCGCGCUGGUCCUCGCCAGCGCGCACGCCUACACCGUCGACUGCAACCGCGAGUACACGGACUGCGACUCUGAAUUAAGUAAACUAACAGGAGAAGAAGAUGAAGUAGUGGCAGCAUCUCAAACCGAAACAACGGUAGAAAAUCUCACCGAACCACCCUCCCACACAACCACAGCCACAGUGCCCCCCACACGAUCAACAGCUCCUCCCCUACCAGAACCAGAAACAGAAACCACCGCUGAAGAUGAUACGACCACGGUCGAAUCACCCAUUCUGAAACCAAGAGGAAGACUACUAAAUCUAAACAUAGAUGAACUAAAGAAUUUUGCGCUCACACUACAUAAUAAUACUAAACUUACUGAUCUUAGCGAUGUAAAUUUAGAUGCUGAAGAUGAAUUUGAUCCCACAAAACUAGAACUUCCUAAGUCUCAUAAGGAUUUGCCUGAUAAGUUUUACUCAAAUCUGCAAGCACCGUUCCAUCCUGCGACUUUGACAGAUCAUUCUGAUGAAGGGAAGGAUGAAGGAGAUACAGUGUGCGUUGAAAAUGGAGUAAAUUAUAAGGUAGGAGACCACGUGGACCGUUCGUGUGAAGAGACCUGCGAGUGCAUGCCAAGCGGCACAUUCAAUUGCUCCCCGCGCUGCAAACAUCCAUACAUCCGCCGAGGACGGACCCUGAAUGAUCCGCUGUGCUUUGAAUCACCUGUGGAUGAGUGCUGCAGUAUCGUAGCGUGUGCCACUGGAACCGGAGACACGAAGGUGACCAAGCUGGAGGUGUGCAAGUACGGCAACGACACGUACCUCGUGGGCAACACGUGGAAUGUGGGCUGCGAGCAGCGCUGCACAUGUGAAAAGAACUCGAUCAUCACCUGCAAGCCGAGGUGUCCACCUCUACCCCAAUCGGACAAGUGCAUCAACGUGCAAGAUCCCAAUGAUGCCUGCUGUGAGGUGCAAGUAUGUGAUGUAUCUCAAGAUGUGCACGAAGACCAAACAGAUAAUGUCACUAAUUCCACGACUACGGCUGAGAAACAAACCCUCACAGAGGAACCACCGACAACUACCACCAUGCGUCCAUUAGUGCUGACAGAACCUAUUGGCUCCAUCAAGGUCCUGCAAAACAACAGCGUACAAGUGACCCUUAUGCACUCCAACAGCAGCGAAGACCCUAUCCAUCUCCUUCUCAGCGAGGAUGGAGGAGCCACCUUCAGAGACGUAGAACUUAAAUAUGAGAACCUGAUCCUUAACCUCGAUGGUGGAAAGGACUACAUUCUGAAGACGAAAGAAACGGGAACUAAGUUUAAUUUCACGAUAACUUCGAUGGAUAUGGUGCAGGCGCCGCCUGAAGAAUUGGUUGAGGUUAAUGAGACGAUCGGGUGCCAUCAAGAUGGCAAGUUUUAUGAAGUUGGCGAAGAAUUCCACAUCGGCUGCUCCGAACUCUGUGAGUGCACUGGCGACGACACCCGUGAAUGCGCCGCUCUAGAGUGUCCCUCGCACGUAGGGCUCGAGCUGAUGUCCAAGGGUUGCGUGCGCUGGGCGCCCAGCCCGCCGCCCACGCCGCCCAACUGCUGCCCGCGCGCCGCUCGCUGCCUCAGCGACGGCACGUGCCACUACAACGGAGUGCCCAUUCCGAACUGGACCGACGUGCCCAUCAGCCUCUCCGGCUGCUCACAGCGCUGUUUCUGCGAGAACGGAGAGCUAGACUGCCAGGAGGUGUGCGCCCCGCUCCCGCCGCUGCCCCCGCAGAACAUGCGCUGCCCGCCCGGCCACCACCCCGCGCCCGUCAACGUGUCCAUCGACGACUGCUGCCAGCAGUGGGGCUGCGUGCCGCACGGUCAAACCACCUCAUCAGAAACGCCGAGCUCCACACAGACACAUAUACCAAAAGCACCGUUCCUGCCUACGGUGCCACCGGAUUCCUCGAUUCACUUCCCAGAGGAGGAUGAUGGACAGAACCAUAUAAUACAGCAGCGUCCUGCCAACGGACUACCACCAGUUCUCCUACCCUCCGGUAUACCCGGAAUAACGGUACCGCCGAACAACGAGAACAAGAAACUGACGGUGAUCAACCUGGUGUCGGAUUCGCCGACCAGCGUAAAGAUGCUGUUUGCCCUGCCCCCUGUACUCGUUGGUUUACGUGGCAGUGUCGACCUGAGAUAUACUGACAAAGCUGACGAAGAUAUCGCACACUGGUACUCUCAAGUGUUCGCGCCGGCGGACGAGAUCCUCACCACCUCUCGCCUGGAGUUCCGCCUCACCGGCCUGAAGCCGUCCACCGUGUACAAGAUGAGAGGGAAACUGUACCUGCACAACUUGCCCGUGGAGCCGGAGAGCGAGAUAUAUAGCAUACGCACGCAGGAUGCCUACCUGCCUACUACGGUGGCACCGGUAGAAGUGAAGAGAAGAGUGAUCAACAGCAGAUUGGCGGUCCAGGAACUCAAUGACUCCGUGGCUCACAUCACCUGGAAACGGUUCACCGAUGCAGACUUGCCGUUUAUUGACGCCAUACAAGUUCGCUACCGCCCCGUCGGCAACCCGAUCUACAGCAUGACAGAGCUGCUCCACCACAGCCGAGACUCCGUGUUCUUACAGGAGCUACGACCUGGGAGCAGAUAUGAGGCCUCUCUAGUACUGGUGCCGCCACCUGGGGCGACUACUGAGCUACACGAUCCCGCUGUGCUUGAGUUCACGACCGCGCCUUACGUCGACCCCUACAACUGGUCCGUGCAGCUCGAAGCCCGCUCCGUAGGCUCCGAGGCGGCGGAGCUGACGUGGCGCGGCGUGCCCGCGCCGGCCGAGCGCUGGGUGCGCGUGUACCGCGCGGCGCACGCGUGCGGCGGCGGCCGCCGCGAGCACGACGCGUUCCGGCUGGCCGUGCGCGACCAGGCGCCCGCCAUCACGCUCACUGGCUUGGAGCCUGACACUAGAUGUCGGGUUUGGCUUGAGCUGUUCCUUACGAAUGGAAAAGUGAAGACCAGUAACGUGCUAGAAAUUAAUACAAAGUCGCUAGACUCGCCUGAGCCGAUCGACAAUGCUAUCGAAGCCUCAUCAGUGGGUGGCGCCAUGGCGCCGCGGGGAGACUACUACGGAGCGCUAGUGGUAGUGGGCGUGGUGGCAGCACUCGGCGCGCUGACGUCAUUGUUGCUUCUGCUGGUGGUUGUCCGACGACAUCGCCCGCGCUCCGUACCUAUUACUCCUGUACCUACUGCUCCAAGGGAGUCGUCGCUUCCACCGUACGACAACCCCGCGUACAAACUAGAGUUACAGCAAGAAACUAUGGAUCUCUGACAAUUAAGCUCCCGUGGGCACACGAACGGCCUGAACGGGAUCUCAGAGCGCGGCGUGGACGUGCCGAACGGCCGUCAUUACAACGAAAUGGGCGUUUAGAGGGCCAGCUACGAAACAAAUGCCAAGACAUUGUAGGAAGAAAUUUAACGUCAUGAAAUAGUCACAAAGGGUGCUAGAUGCAGAUGACCACUUGCCAGAAAUCGUCCAAAGAUGGCUGCAGCUGACUGUACCUCGAAGAUAAAAAUCAGUUGGCUGUGAGGAAGCUGGCCAGUAGUUUUUGAUCCGAUUAUAUCUUGAAGGUGUAAUAUGGCUGCGCUUAUCGCGUGAUCGUGACAAUAUACAAGUAAAACGCGCCUCUUACUGCCUAUAUAUCUGGAGUACUCUGAAAGUGACGUAUGAGCUUGCUUGAUUGAAAUUAUUGUGCAAGAAGAGCGACCAUAAGAUCGUUUAACAUUUAGCUUUUAUCCUUCGGAUUUUUAGUACAAUGUCUUAUUUGUGGAUGUAAAAGCCAAGCCUGCUCAAUGUAUGGACUGAUUACCAAUUAUUUUGGUACAAGGCUGCUUCUUAUUGCUGUAUUUGACGACUAUUAGCACUCCAUCUCUUUCUUUUGACUUAAUAAGAGAUGUGUGAUAUUUGUCAAGUAUUUGUUAAGUGAAGCAUAACGAGAAAGACCGAAAUAUAUCAUGUGCGAUAUAUAUUCUAAGAGAAAGUCGAGAAUGGAUCCUAAUUAAAGAAGUAUUGGACUGUUAGAGGUUACUUCUAUUGCAGUGAGUGAAAGUGACAAUGAUCAAGUGCAAAGUGUUAGCCAAAACUUAUAGUGUUAUAGUGCAAAAUAGAUAUUGGUUACGUGUAGGUAACUAUACUUUAUUACGAGUCAAAAUAACAGGACUGUACCUACAUAUAUUUGUAAUGAAAUAUUUUACUUUGUACUCUGGACAUAUAUUAUUACCGUUUUUGAUCUGAUAUAUUUCAGUGUCAGAUUAGUUACAGUCAAUUUAGGAAAUAAAAAAAAUAUCACUGUAAAAAAGUAUCAAAAAAUUGUGCGAAAAUGGGAAAUUCAAUACUAAUUUCAGAUGUGGCUGAUCCAAUCUAGUAAUUAAAGUUAAAAAUUUUGUUAUAGUCACGUAUUGAAGUAGGUAUGAAUGUUAUUAAUCUUUAUAGAAGGAGCUUUUGUAUUUAAAAUAUGAUACCAAUCAAUUUCAAUUUGAAAGCGUUCAACCAUUUCUUGAUAUAUUAUAUAAAUUGCGUAAUUGACGUCAAAUACCGCAAUUCACGUGCAUUCUGAUGAAAAACGCCGUAUAAGUACGUUAGCAUUUCCAUGGCCCUGUCUCCCAUACAUUUUCCCCGCAGUUUUUCGAUAUUGUGAUACGGCGAUAUUCUUAAGAUGUUGAAUGAUUAAGACUCUGUACACGACAACCCCAAAAAACAGGAGGGAAAAUCGGAAAUCGCUUUAAAUAAUGUGUAUAUUACAAGAUUAAGGAUAUCGUCAAAAACAGGGCGUCAUACUUGGUUCUUUUGUUUUUGUAAAUUAUAUAUUCACUACUCGUAUUGUUAUAGAUAUACCUAAAUACCCUCACAGAGAUUAUUUUAAUACUUGCGUUAUAAUAAGUGAAUAUUUGUUAUUCAAGCUUGGAGCCUUGAUUAAUUACAACAUACCAUUCCUAUUGACAAAAUCGCUUGAAUUAUUUAUUAUUUAAUUAAAAAAAACUAUAUUAAAUCAUAGAUUGUUUAAUGAAAAAUAGAACCAAACGCAUAUUUUUAAGCUCUUGUAGUCUUAUUUCAUUGAGUAAAUGUAACAUAUUAAGUACCUAUCUAAUACUAUGGGGUACUCUUUAUAUGAUAAACCUGUAAACAAACAAAUUCAAAUUUUCAGUAUCAAUCUUUACUAAAAAAGUCGUGGUAAUUUGUCUUAACUUUAUUAAAAUAUUAAAUACCACUUUUUGAGAUUAUAAAUGUACAUAAUGUUGCCAUGUUUCCGUAGUUUUCUUAGUAUUUAUAAAAUGUAACCAGAGUUUGGACAACGAAUUUUUAGUAAAAUAGAUGAAUUACGCAAGUGCCUUUGAAUUGACCAACAUUUCGAUAAAUUAAAAUUUGUAUAUAGUGUUAUUAAGUUAAGUAAUAUUAAGUGUAACGUACGCUGUGGUACUGAUAUUAUGUGUUUGUAUAGUUUAAACUAAUGAUGGUUUAUAAUGAAAUACUGCCGCAAAUCGUUAAACUUAUUGUAAUAUAGCUUUACAGGUUA